UGUGAAACAAGGAAAGGGAAGAGCAGGGAUCAACGCUCGGUUGGCCUUUCCCUAUGAGAAAGCGACGUGGCUCCCAACAGUUUCUCAGUUUUGAAGCAAAGUCUAGUCAUAGUUGUUGUAGUAGUUGUCGUUGUUGGUGAUGUUGCUUGUAAAUUCAGAUCUCCUAGGCACUUCGAUUCUAUGAUGGUUUUCUUCUCGUUUUAAUUACAAUCUCGGAGAGGUCACUGUAAAGUGUCAACAGGAUUCAGAGCCUUCUCCACUGAAAGAAAAUGGUGGUUUCUGGUCCUGUGACGACGGGUCAGGUUUCUUUUUUGCUUGGAAUAGCCCCAGUACUGAUUGCAUGGAUAUAUUCGGAGAUCCUGGAAUAUAGAAAGUAUUCAUCUCCUUCCAAAGUCCAUUCAGAUUCCAAUCUGGUUGAAUUGGGUGAUGAGACAAUUAAGGAUGGUGAUCGAGCCACUUUGCUGGAAGGGGGCCUUACAAGAUCAGCAUCUGCAAGGGUUCACUAUUCAUCAGUCAAGGCAAACCUAAUCAGGUUUCUAACUAUGGAUGAUUUGUUCUUGCUGGAGAACCGAGCAAUUUUGAGGGCCAUGUCUGAAUUUGGAGUUAUUCUGAUCUAUUUCUACCUUUGUGAUCGCACACACUUGUUUCCAGAGUCCACUAAGAAGUACAAUCGCGACCUUUUUCUGUUUCUCUACUUUCUUUUUAUCAUAGUUUCAGCUAUUACUUCUCUCAAGCGGCACCAUGACAAAUCAGCAUUUUCUGGAAAAUCUUUACUAUAUUUGAAUCGGCAUCAAACUGAGGAGUGGAGAGGAUGGAUGCAGGUCCUAUUUUUAAUAUACCACUAUUUUGCUGCCACGGAGAUAUACAAUGCAAUACGUGUCUUCAUUGCUGCAUAUGUUUGGAUGACUGGAUUUGGGAACUUCUCUUAUUACUACAUUCGGAAGGAUUUUAGUCUUGCACGGUUUGCUCAGAUGAUGUGGCGGUUAAAUUUGUUUGUGGCAUUUUGCUGUAUUGUUCUUAAUAAUGAUUAUAUGCUCUACUAUAUCUGCCCGAUGCACACGCUUUUCACUGUUAUGGUGUAUGGAGCACUUGGUAUUUUUAAUAAAUACAACGAGAUAGGAUCUGUGAUGGCUUUGAAGAUUAUAGCAUGCUUUUUGGUGGUUAUUUUGAUUUGGGAAGUCCCUGGAGUUUUUGACCUAUUCUGGAGUCCUUUGGCAUUCCUAUUAGGUUACACUGAUCCAGCAAAAGAAAAUUCACCACGCCUACAUGAAUGGCAUUUCAGAUCAGGCCUUGACCGUUAUAUCUGGAUCAUUGGAAUGAUUUAUGCUUAUUAUCAUCCCACGGUUGAGAAGUGGAUGGAGAAGCUAGAGGAAUCUGAAAGCAAGCAAAGACUUUCGAUUAAAACAAGCAUUGUGGCAGUUUCUUUACUAGCUGGUUAUUUGUGGUAUGAAUUUAUUUACAAGCUGGACAAGGUUACAUACAAUAAGUAUCAUCCUUACACUUCGUGGAUUCCCAUAACUGUUUACAUUUGCUUGCGAAAUUUCACACAGCAGCUCCGCAGUUUCUCUUUGACCCUGUUUGCGUGGCUUGGCAAGAUAACACUGGAGACUUACAUUUCCCAGUUUCAUAUCUGGCUGAGGAACAAUCUGCAGAUCGAGCAUGCCAAAUGGACAGCCAAAAUGGCUCCUUGUUUUUAUUCCAGAUUACCCGUUGCUAAACUUCAUGCUUACGACUGCUAUCUAUGUCUCGAUAUCAUACCGGCUCUACGAACUGACCAAUAUACUGAAGACAGUUUUUAUACCCACAAAAAACAACCGGCGGCUUCUAGAGAACUUCAUUGGUGCAGCUGUCAUUGGAUUGUGCUUAUAUUGCAUCUCAUUAAUCCUUCUUCUGAUUCGUUAAACACCAGCACGACAGAUGGCUAAAUAGAGAUCAGAUAUGGUUACAAAGUCCGUUUCUUGUUGGAGUGUGAAAAUUUCUGAAAUUGUGAAACCAGUCAACUCGGAAGCCAUGGUUUGUGAAUCUUACAUGAAAGACAAAUGUGUUUCCAACAAUUUUGAAGACUAAGUCUAAUAUUCUGCUUGGCACCACCAAGUAUUGACUCAUACUGAU